CUGGCGCAUCCGUCUGCGGGAUGGAGCUUCCACUGGUACGAGGCGGUCCCCGAUGUGGUUUCGGAGGCCUCCCACUCUUACCGGGUCAGGCCGCUGGCGCCCGCCCCCGGGGGGACGGCGCGGGACACCCAAGUCGUUCCCGCGCACACGCUCACGGCGGGAUACACCUGCAGAGCCGGGAGGAGAAGCCCGCCGUAUCUCACAGAACACUCUGAGGCCAGUUUUGUCUGGUCUGCAGAUUUUCACCCCGCCGCGUCUCUGACCGCCAUUCCCGACGCGGCGCAAAUCCUCGUCUCCGGCACCGUCUCGCUGAGGUGCGAGGGAGAGUCUGAGCGGAGGCUGAGCCGGCUCGCCGGAGGCACCCGCCUGUCCCACUACCGCUGCGGGGGGGCAGAUGCUGGGUCCGCUUGCACCAUCGGAAGCCAGUGGCCUCAGGACUGGUGCGAGUUCGCCUCCGGACGCUUCAGCAACGCCGUCAACAUCACCGUCCAGGCCCGGCCCGUCAGCCUGAGCUGCUGUCCGAGAAAACACGAGGGCGCGCCGUCCGACGUGUUUUUUUAUCACAAUGACAAACUGGUGCAGAACGCCGGCGGGGGGAGGCUGAGCCUGUCUGUCGUGUCCACGUCGGACCAGGGUUUCUACAGGUCUCAGAGACGAGCUGUGGAGCUGGAGUCUGAAAACCCGUUGUUUCCCGUGCUGUCCAUCGCCGGACCUGUGGGUGGAAUUCUUCUUCUUAUCCCUUGUCCUCUCUUGGUGUUUUGUUACAGACGGGCCAAAGGUGAGGCCUUCUUCUUCCGACGGCUUUUAUUAUUAUCGCACAUGCCAAAUCAAAUUUCCAACUAA